AAAAAGUUUCGUGUUGUUAAAUAUUUACCAUGACUCAAAAUCUGUAUACAAUGGACACUUGAAAAGUCAACCAAAUUUUAUUAUUCAAUUCAAUUCAAUUUGUUUUGACUUUUGAGUUUUUAUUUGUGAAUCAAAAUAAAACGUUGGAUUUUCUCCUUCAAAUCUUUUUAGAGCCAUAUUUUUUUUUUUUGUUUGAGAUCAUAAAAAUUUUACUGUGAUGUGUUUUUGUAAAUAUGCCUCAAAUCAAAAUAUCUUAAACUGGUUCUUACAAAAAAUAAGAUAGCGGUUGUCAUGGACCGAUUCGGUUCAGUGUGGCGACUGUUUCUAAUUUCUACUGUGAUAUGGAUACCGAGUUCACAUUCUCGAAGUCCUGAUUUGCCGCGAUAUGAGACAGCGUACGCGUGUGAAGGCAAAACGUUAAAAAUAGAAUGUGGCGAUGGUGAACGGAUACAUUUGAUUCGUGCAAAUUAUGGACGAUUUUCAAUAACCAUAUGCAAUGAUCAUGGCAACACCGAUUGGAGUGUUAAUUGUAUGUCUCACAAAUCGCUUCGAGUUCUACAUAACAGAUGUGAGGGCUUACAAUUGUGUGCUUUUAAUGCAACCAAUGAAAGCUUUGAUGAGGAUCCAUGCCCCUUUACGACUAAAUACGUUGAAGCCCAUUUUUAUUGCACUCCUUUGAUAGCGAGUACAACCACGACUACAAGUCGACCUAGUCCACCAUGGUUGAUAACGUCACAACCUCCAAGUGUUUGGAGUACGCUAAAACCAACUGUGCGACCACCAAUGCAUGUGACGACGGAGGUGCAACAGGUCGCUGUUGGAGAUCAUACAAGUGAUCAACCAAAUUUUUCUGUUCAUACAAACACAUCGUCAUCGUCUUCGGUGGCAUCCCCAGGUGGAGUUGGAGCUGGUGUUGGUAGUCAUACAAAUAAUAGUGGUAGUUUAAUACCACCAGCUCAACAACCUUGGUCGCCAUCGACAGAUGAUUACGAUGACGGCAUGGAUGUGGCACCUGUCGAUGCUAAAGAUGCUGUUAAUAAUCCCUCGACAACAUCUUCAUCAACUUCAGUUUCAUAUCCAAGGACUACAGCAAUGUUAACGGAAAUGUCUGUAAACGAAGUUAGUCAAACUCCAAGUGGGCCAUCAUUUCACGAAAAUAAUUCGUGUAGUCCAGUAACCGAACGUAAUUUACAUUGGAACUGGACACGAAUUGGUGAUCGUGUUGUACAAUCAUGCCCCGGCGGUGCCACAGGUUUAGCACGAUGGCGAUGUAUUGAAUCAGCCUCACAUGAACCAAUAUGGUCACCAGAAACGCCCGAUCUCAGUGAAUGUCGCUCCGUCUGGUUAACGUCGCUCGAAUCCCGUAUCAACGAAGAAGAUUCGUUGAUUGCAAUCAAUAAUGAUUUAGCAUCGGUAACAAGUUCCAAAACACUUUAUGGGGGUGAUAUGAUGAUCACUACCAAAAUUAUCUUUAAAAUGGCACAAAAAAUGGCUGGUAACAUAAAAUCGUUUCCGGAUACACGACAGCGAGAAACCAUUGUCACAGAAUUAUUGUCCGGUGUUGUACGGACUGGAUCAAAUCUUUUGGAUUCGUUACAAUAUCCAUCAUGGAAAGAUUUGGGUCAUAAAGAACAGAUGCAGGUCGCUACAUCACUUUUAAUUGGUCUCGAGGAAAAUGCUUUUCUCUUAGCUGACACUGUUGUACGAGAGAAAAUUGUUAUCCAAUCUGUUAAGAAUAUAAUGUUGUCAGUACGAGUUUUGGAAACGCAUAAUAUUGGUAACGAACGAUUUCCACGUCCAAAUUCCCCAAAUGAACUAUGGUCAGUGAGCGACGAUUGGGUACAAAUACCAAAGAGCGCAUUGCGGGAAAACAGCGAAGGUGGUCUUGUGCGUUUAGUGUUUGUAGCAUUUGAUCGUCUCGAAGAAAUUCUCGAAUGGAAUGCAGAAUCGUAUGAUCAAACAUCCCGUCAAAAUAUCUCUCGCGUAUUAAACAGCAAAGUAAUUUCGGCGAGUUUGGGUAAAGGUCGACAUAUUCAAUUGUCUGAACCGAUACGUUUAUCAUUACGACACAUUAAAACCGAAAAUGUUAGCAAUCCAUCGUGUGUGUUCUGGGAUUAUACAAUGAGUGCAUGGUCUGAAGAAGGUUGUCGUGUUGAAAGCACAAACGCAACGCAUACAAUAUGCCAAUGUGAUCAUUUAACUAAUUUUGCCAUACUUAUGGAUAUCCACAUGACACAUUUAUCAGCUGGCCACCAGAUGGCAUUACAGAUCAUCACUUACGUUGGCUGCAUCAUCUCAAUCAUUUGUUUAAUACUAGCCAUCAUUACAUUUCAUUCCUUUAAAGGUUUGAAGUCGGAUCGAACUACAAUACAUAAAAACUUAUGUUUUUGUCUGUUAAUCGCUGAAGUGUUGUUUGUUGUGGGUAUUGGUCAAACCGAACAUGCGGUCUUUUGUAGCAUCGUUGCUGGAUUACUUCAAUUAUUUUUUCUAUGUGCGUUUGCAUGGAUGUUUUUGGAAGGUUUUCAAUUGUAUGUUAUGCUGGUUGAAGUUUUUGAGGCAGAGAAAAGUCGUGCUCAUUGGUAUUACUUGUUUGCGUAUGGUUUACCACUUUUAAUUGUUUCAACAGCCGCUGGAAUUGAUCCAUUAUCGUAUGGAACACCUAGUUAUUGUUGGUUACGAGCUGAAAGUUUAUUUAUUUUUACAUUUGUUACACCUGUAGUACUUGUGAUAUUGACGAAUAUAAUAUUUUUGAGUAUGGCUAUAUUUAUAAUGUGUCGUCAUGCAAACGCAUCAAUUUCCAUGAAAAGUAAAGAACAUUCCCGAUUAGCCAGUGCAAGCGGCAAAGAAGAAAAUGUCCUUCGAUACAAAUUACAAUCUCAUCUAGUGUGGCUGAGAGGCGCUGUAAUUUUAGUAUUUUUAUUGGGACUCACGUGGACGUUUGGACUGCUCUAUUUAAAUGAAGAGACGGUUGUCAUGGCAUACAUUUUCUCAAUAUUAAAUUCGUUGCAAGGUUUAUUCAUUUUUAUGUUCCAUUGUAUUCAAAAUGAAAAGGUACGAAAAGAGUAUCGUAAAUUGAUACGACGCCAUUCAUGGUUCCCAAAAAUGGCAGGUGGUAGCAGUGGAGGCGGUGGUACAUCAUCGAUAGAUAGUAGCGGACGUGGUGUGAUUACAAGUGGUGGUCGUGGUGUGAUUGAUAGUACACAUGUACAGAAUACAAACAGUGGCGGAUCACUAUGUAAAGAUGGUGGAUCAUCACGCAGUGGUGGUUGUGGUACUUUGUAUACAACAUCAAAUGGUAGUCCUGCAACACACUCACCAGGUGGACCUGCAACAGGUGCAGGUGGAGACAGACAACAGAGUGGUGGUGGUGCUAUUGGAUUGGAUGGAUCAAAUAAUUCAACAGCUGUAAAUCAAUCACAUCAAUACAGUUUACAAAGAGGUUGGAGUUCACGAAGUUGUAAUACAAUUGGAGGUGGGACAGGGGUUGGGGGAAAUGUAAUGCAAAAUAAUAUUGAAAACGAAUCAAAUUUGAAUAAUUAUCGUUAUUCCGCAACCUCCAUUAAACGUUUAACAAAUAAAGAUAUUAUUACAAAUAAUGCCUCAAAUGAUAAAUCCUUAAUACAACAGGAUUAUGGUACAAAUCAGAUGAUAAUGUUACCAUCACACGCACAAUCAACUGGGCUGGUGCAACACCCACAAGACCAUGGCCAACACCAACACCAUGGACAACACCAUGGUCAUGGUGGUCAUCUAGCGCAUCUAAACGAUGACCAAUGUAUAAAUAACUUGACGACUUCCACAUUACCAUACAUUAAGAAUCAUGCUAACAAACAUAUCAAUUGUUCACCUCCGACUGAUGACGACAAUCCUAACCUAUUGACAUCAUCCUCAAUAUUUCCAAAGUCUGCUACAACGUGGGGUCCACUUAACAAAUCAUUACAAUGGAAGAACAUUUCUUCUAAGUCGUAUAGUCGAGAUUCUGGGCAUGGUGGUUCUGAGCAAGAGAAUUCACCACGGUCAUAUGGAACGACAGCAACAAGUCUGGGUAACAUGCAGAUGCAGAUCCAACAGCGCAGCCAUAAAGAAUUAAACUAUCGUAAGCCAUUUUUAUCGUCAAACAAUCAAAUGAUGGACGCAUCUGAUCAUCAGUUCCAAUAUUCACCAACGAGCACGAGUUCAUGCAGCAAACAAUCAGAUUUGGAUUUCUACCAUCAUCAGCAACAACAGCAAUUAGCUGAUUUAACCCAUCAAAUUCAACAGUUGCCACGAUACACAUCUGGCAACAACACACUCUCAUCGUCUGCUGGAAGUUAUCAACAGCGUAACAAGAAAUCACAUGGAAAUCCAAUAUUUCGUACUGUAAGUCCAUGGAAUCACACUUACACGGAAAUCCAUGAUAAUCCACAACGACUUGUCGGACAAAACAUGUUCGAUGAUCCGGUCUACGAGGAAAUCGAUCGUAACGAGAUCCAAGUAUCGGACAUGAGUGACGAAGAUGGUCGAAGACAAAGUGAUAUGAGUCGACAAUCAUCCAGAUCGUAUGGCGAUCACAGACCUCUGAUUCCAUACAGUCCGGCGGUUGAACGUAACGUUCAAUCGUGUAUGGAGCAUCGACUAGGCAAUGCUAAUGCACGCUCUCUAGCUGCCGUGCUCGAUGGUGAAACCGUAGUGUGUCAUUUGGAACCACCAGAAUUGUAUCACCAUCAACAGGACUCCUCAUAUUCGGCCAGAACUGUUGUUUUACCGCCGUAUACGGAGUGUUAAUAUUACUUUAUUUAUAUUUCAAAAGUCAUUGUGAUAGCAAAACUCAACUAUUUUUAAUUAUAUGCGGAUUUUGGAUACACAAGUGCGGGAACUUGGAUACAAGUACAAGUACAAGUAUAAGUGAUUGGGGGCAGUACAGUACCUACCGUACCAUGGGAUUUGGGGCACAUCAACAAUACGAUACGAGUGUUUUAGUGGCGAUAUUAAAAUGUAGUGUAUUUAUUAUGACCUCACCCCUGCUCUGUGUCCCACACAACACUAAAUUUAUCCAAAAAUUUGUUUUUAAAAUCGAUGCAAUAAAAAAAAAACAAACGUUUAUUACAUUUUUUCGUAAUUAAAUUUUAUAAUAAAACGAACAAAAUAUUUAAAAAAAAUUUAAAAAAAAAAACACUUAAGAACAAAAAAAAUUUGAGCAAAUUUUGAGUAACUUGUGAUUGUAGUCUAAUAUUUUUUGGAUAUCUUAUACUGUAAAAAUAAGUGGGGCUUCAUUUGUUUAUAACGUGCGUUUACAAUCAUUUAACUGCGAACCCAAUGAACCAAGCAGUCAAACACCCAAGUGGGUCCAUCACACUAAGUUUUACAUAAUCUCAAUCUGACAAUUAAUCUGACAACCAUCGUUACAGGUCUAGACCUGCUGCCAAGUCUAGUUUUAGUGAGUCAGUUAAGAAAGCUUGAAAAUUUCAUUGGUGAUUUUAAUCAGCAUCGUAGUGUCCUCAAUCGUAAGCUUAUUCCACGUUCUCAAAAACAGAGGUUUAUGCUCUGCUCUAAUUUAGUGCCAUAAAUGUAUAACCGUUUUUAAUUGACAGAUAUUUCAAAAUAAAACGUCUUUGGCGCUACAUCUUAGACUCUCUACUAGAGUCCCUCUCCCGCAUAUUGGGUAGGUGGAAUAUGUUUGCGAUUGAUGACAUGGUGCUGGCUAGAUCCUAUGAAAUUUGUAGUCUUUCUGAAAUGUCUCAUUAAAACUGCGCGUCAAAAUUGUCAGAUAUUGAUAUAUUGACUUAUUUAUCUAGUUCAAAUUAUUAAUCUUGUUCUUUUUAGCUAACGAUUUUAUGCGCGAAAACGUUCCAAAUAAAAAUUUUACAUCUAUUUUAGUCCAGGAGGUAGCGUUGUAUCAUCAUCCGACAUACUAUGAUUUUUGUAUUUGCAACGCUAUCUCCCGGACUAUUUCUAACGAGUUUAAACAUUGAAAUAGAAACUUGAACCCAAGAAAUAUCAAACAAUUUUUAAUUAUUUAAACAAAUGAUGAUUAUUUAUUUAUUUUUAAUCGUAGAAUUUUUGACAAUCGUUUCUUAGGUUAAAUAAUUGUUGAAACCACGUACGUGAGUCACGAAUUUUGUGACACUAAAAAGAACAGAUUUAAUAAAAUAAUUUUUAACUUUUGAGUUCAGGCUUAGUUAUUUAAAUAGUCAUCGAAAUUUCUAUUAUGAUAUACAAGGUGUUUGGAGAAAUUAUUCAGUUAAAAAUAUUUGUAGUACAUUUUUUUCAAACACCUUGUAACUGAAUUUAAAAAUUUUAUUGUUAUUUAAAUACGUGGCGUCUCAAGUUUCAAUAAAUAUUGAAACAGUUUUGCCGACAUGUACUAGACUAGACUAGACUGUUGAUGAUGAAGAUAAAGAUAAUUAUCAAUCAAAUUAAUCAAUGUCUGUCACAAACAGAUAUUGAUUAAUUUGAUUGAUUAAUUAAUUUUAUAGGUCAUGUACAAUGUGGGAGCAGAGAGAAAUUUUAAAAUAUAUUUUUAUAAAUAAAUAUGAAAAUCAAGUAAUGGAUAACAAAAUAUGGCAACGAAUGGAACAAGAACAAAUUCUUAAAGAACGUACAUGGCAAUCAUUAAAAAAUCAUUUUAGAAGAGCAAUCUUAAAAGAACCAGCAUUUAGUUUACUUUUGAAAAAAAAGGACAAGAAUUAUUAACUAAAAAAUAAAAAAUAAUGAUCAAAAUAAGUUGUUGUAGUCUAGUCUAGUACAUGUCGUAUUUGACUUUUGUAUUUAAAUACGUGGCGUCUCAAGUUAUAAUUUUAACAAUUGUAUUUUUAUUUUGUACUUUGUUUUAAGUGCAGUCCAAUCAAUGUACGCAUGCGUCGAUAUAUGCAUGUAAUUGUUGUAUAUAAUGUAAGUGGGUUAUUUUUAAUCGUUUUAAUUCUAAGUAAAACAACUAUUUUUGUAUUUACUUGUUUUAAUUUUGUAUAUCAGAACUUAUUUAUUUUUUUUUUUAUAUAUUAUUUAAAUAUUUUUUUUAAUGCUCAACAAGAACAACGAUUUUAGGGCAUGGGCACCCAAAGAUUGGGGGCAAACACUGUUCUGGUUAUGAAGGUCACCUUAAAGCUACAGCACUUAAAUGAUUGUUAAGCGCGUACUAUAAUACAAAUGAGCCUUAAAAAAUUCCCAUCAUGUAUAUAUUUUGCACAUAAAAGAAAAUUUUUUAUAGAUAAGAAAAAAAAAAGUGUGACUUGAAUUUUUAAUUUUGGGAGACUUUGAAGCGCUCUUAAUGACUGACUGAAUUUUAAAACGCAAUUUGUUUUCAAAAAUAUGGACACACAUACAGACCAUCAAAACGCGGUUAUAACGAUAUUGAAAGGAAGGAUUCGGAAUCGCGGGAAAUAUUCGAAGAACAUAAAACAUAAUAGAUUAUUCUUCUCCGAGCAAAUAAGAAAAGUCCAUUAAUUAAAAGACAAUCUUCUGGCUUGUCCUUCGACGAUCGAGCUUUCAUUUUUUUUCGGAGAAGUAGUUAUGUCCGAUGUUGUUAUAGUCGAUCAGUUCAUCAAUCAGUUGAAAACUUAUCAAUUCUUGAUUCAUCGAUAUCGUUAUAACCGAUUUUGUGUUUAAAAAACAAAACGAGGGACGACGUAUGAUCGUCGCGACGCAAAACAAAAUAUUAUUUAAAAAAAUACUUUCUAGUAAGUAGUAGAAAAACUUUUAGCAUAAAAAAAAAGGAAAAAAAAUAUUGUUUACAAAGCUAUGUAAUAAUUAAACAAUUACAGUUAAAUAUUUAUAUUUCGUGUAUAAGUGGAUCAGCAGCUGAGAUCGGCAGCUUUCAUUUUAUUUUGUUGUUGUUAUUUUUUGAAUCCGAUAUGUAACAUGAAAGUUCCCAAAAAAAACUCAAAACAAAGGCUUUAAAUUUUUCAUUUGUAAUGAGAAUAAGUUUAUAUGAAUCAAAAUAUAAAAACUAUGAAUCUAAAUUGGUUAAAGAUUCAAUUUUUUUUUUUAUCAUAACUGAGAUCAAACAAGCUUUAUUUAAUGGGAAUUGAUUCGCUUACUCCUUCGAGAUUUCUUCGGAAUUUGAUAAAUGUUUGUCUCAAAUGGCCAAGCACGGUCCGUUCAAUUUCUAUUUUAAGAAAAUCAUUUUUAAGUUUUCCAGAGUUACACCAUGGAUCUGGAUAUAUCCAAGUAUACAGAGUGUUCUAUAAUUGAUUGCAGAACUUUCACUUCCUGGAUAAGCUGAGAAAUUCAAAAAGAAAAUUUUCUUUGUCAAAUUUGGAAAUGUGACCUAAUUUACGAGAUAAUUAGCCUACUGUUAAUAAAAAAUACAUUCAUCCAAAAAAACACUACUUAGUGUGAAGGAGUGAUCUAAAAGCAAAAUUACUUCAAUCUAUCUUAUAAAACUAUACGUCCACUUGUCAAAAAAAACUUGAUUUUU